GGAUUUGGAGGAUACUUAUCAUUGGAUGAAGCAUGUCUGAGCUUAAGGUUUCAGCUUGCUGCAAGCACUUCACAGCUUACGACAUGGACAAUUGGAAGGGGAAAACUCGAUACACGUUUAAUGCGAUGGUAUCUGUACAGGAUUUGGAGGAUACUUAUCAGCCUCCUUUUAGGAGUUGCAUUCAAGAGGCUCAAGCUAGUGGAGUGAUGUGCUCUUAUAAUCAAGUCAAUGGAGUGCCCACUUGUGCUGAUUACAAUUUUCUAACCAAAACCGCAAGGGGCUCUUGGGGAUUCUAUGGGUAAAUACAAAAAAUAUAAGC